AUGUCUAGUAAUUUUGUACAAGAAGCUAUCGACGAAACCCAUGAGGAUGAUGAAGUCGGGUCAAAUGACAAUGAUGAGGAAGUUUCUGGCGGAAAAAACAGCUCAUUUCAAAAGCUGCGCAGAUAUGAUUCCUUGGACUUGGAAUCCGCCAAGCUUGCUAACCAUCAUGGACGUGGCUCUCAGGCUGUGGAAUGGUCGGUGAUCCUGCAACUAGCAUUCCAGAGCAUUGGGGUAGUGUACGGAGAUAUAGGUACAUCGCCUCUUUAUGUUUAUGCAAGUACCUUUGCCAAUGGUAUAAAUCACAACGACGACAUAUUGGGAGUUCUUUCUUUGAUCUUCUAUACCAUCACUCUCAUCCCUUUGAUCAAAUACGUCUUCAUCGUCUUACGAGCCAAUGAUAACGGUGAAGGGGGAACAUUUGCCCUGUACUCGCUUAUAUGCCGAUAUGCGAGGGUGGGUUUGAUCCCGAGUCAACAUGCAGAGGAUCAUGGUGUAUCCAAUUUCCAGCUGGAAUUGCCCAGCAAGCGUCUUAAAAGAGCAUCAAAACUCAAGUCUAAGCUGGAGAAUAGCCAGUUUGCUAAAACUUUUCUCUUGAUCAUCACAAUGCUUGGCACUUCCAUGGUCAUUGGCGAUGGUGUCCUCACCCCUUGUAUCUCAGUUUUGUCAGCUGUAAGUGGGAUAAAGGAAGCUACAACUGCAAUGACAGAGGAUAGGAUUGUUUGGAUAUCAAUAGUUAUCUUGGUCUGCCUCUUCACAGUUCAAAGAUUUGGAACUGACAAAGUGGGCUACAGCUUUGCUCCCAUAAUUUGCGUUUGGUUCACAUUCAUUGGCGGAAUUGGAGUUUACAACUUCUUUAAAUUUGAUCCAACAGUCAUCAAAGCUAUAAACCCAAAAUACAUUGUAGAUUACUUUCAGAGGAACAAAAAGGAUGCAUGGGUCUCCCUGGGUGGGGUCGUUCUUGCCACAACAGGAACGGAAGCAUUGUUUGCUGAUGUUGGCCAUUUCACAGUUCGUUCAAUACAAAUAAGCAUGUGCACUGUGACUUACCCUGCUCUCAUACUGGCCUAUACUGGACAAGCCUCUUUCCUUCGUAAACAUGAAAAAUUAGUCUCUGAUGCUUUUUUUAAAUCUAUUCCAGGCCCUUUGUAUUGGCCAAUGUUUGUGGUGGCUGUAGCAGCUGCAAUUAUAGCAAGUCAAGCAAUGAUUUCAGGGACUUUCUCUAUAAUCCAACAGUCACUCUCGCUGGGGUGUUUUCCUCGCGUCAAAAUCGUUCAUACAUCACCCAAAUAUGAAGGACAAGUUUAUAUUCCUGAGGUGAAUUACCUGCUGAUGCUUGCUUGUGUAGGGGUUACUAUUGGUUUCAGGACCACAGAAAAGAUUGGCAAUGCAUAUGGAAUUGCAGUGGUGUUUGUAAUGACUCUAACAUCAUCCUUGUUGGUUCUCAUCAUGAUCAUGAUAUGGAAAACCAAUAUACUUUUCAUAAUCGCCUAUGUUCUUAUCAUUGGCUCUGUGGAGUUAGCCUAUUUGAGCUCUGUUCUCUACAAAUUUGAUCAAGGAGGAUACUUGCCGCUAGCUUUUGCAGCAGUCCUGAUGACUGUGAUGUAUGUUUGGAACAAUGUAUACCGAAAAAAAUACAAUUUUGAACUUAAUCAUAAAAUUUCUCUUGAAAGGUUAAAGGAGAUUACUGUUAACACAAACUUGUGCAGAGUUCCUGGACUUGCCAUGUUUUACUCAGAGCUUGUUCAUGGUAUUCCCCCCAUAUUUGAGCAUUAUCUGGAAAACGUACCAGCAUUGCAUUCAGUUCUUGUUUUUGUCUCCAUCAAAUCGCUACCCAUUAGCAAGGUUGCAGCUGAAGAACGAUUUCUUUUCAGAAGAGUAGAACCAAAGGAAUUAAAUGUCUUUCGCUGUGUUGUAAGAUAUGGAUAUACAGAUAUGCGUAAUGAACAAGAAUCCUUUGAGUGGACUUUGGUUGAAAGGUUGAAAGAGUUCCUCAAAGAAAAUCUAUGGUUGUCUCAUGCACUAGUUUGUAAUGGAAAGACAGCUAAAAUGGGUGAGGGAUCAGACAAUGAACUACAAGAUCAGAUCAAUGGUAGGCAUGUUGAAGAGGAUUGGCAAGAGACAGUAGAGAGAGAAAUCAGCAUAGUAGAUAAAGCAUGGCAAGCUGGUGUUGUACACUUGAUUGGUGAGAGUGAGGUGAUUGCAAGCAAAGGAGCAGGAAUAGGGAAAAGGAUUUUAAUAGAUUAUGCUUACAAUUUCCUGAAGAAAAACUUGAGACAAAGUGAAAAGUUGUUUGAUAUUCCUCACAAGCGCAUGCUCAAGGUUGGUGUGACAUACGAGUUGUAGAAUACAUAAUGAAAGAAUGGAGUAUGCUGGACAUAAAA